AAUUCCUGGAGCAGCGAAAAGAGCGCCCUGGUUCAAUUUGAACAGAAGACAUUCUGUCAGCAUUUUCACGUUAUAUCGUUAACUCGUGGUUGGAAAGAACCAGGAAGAAGAAGAAACACAGGGCCGGUUUAAAGCAGUCACUUAUUAUAGUAAAAGAAGCCCCCCGGUCUGGAGACGCCACCCUCAGCUGGACAGUCAUGAGUUUUUGUCCGAGCCCCUGCGUUCCUGCGGGUGUGAGGAGCGUCCAAGAGCAGCGGGAACGUUGGGACAGGAAGAGGAAACGGACAGGACGAGAACUGGUCCAGAGCGAACAGAGAUACUGCGAGAAGGUGGACCUCAUCACCACAUACUUUGUGGAGAUUCUGAAGGCCAAAGGAACCCUGAGGCAGGACAUUAGAGAGAGCAUCUUCAGUUCAAUUAAAUCAAUUCAUUUAGUAAACCAGACUUUGCUUGGCCAUCUGGAGAACGGCAACAUCGGGGACGGAUUCAAUCAGUUCUGCCCUCACCUGCAUUUCUACACCGCCUACGUCGACAACUUCCAAACAGCUAAAAAGAUCCUAGCAGUGCAGCUGAAGAAAAACAAAGCGUUCAGACGAUUUAAGAAGCUUCAGGAGGCCAGACCCGAGUUCCACAAGCUGAAACUUGAAGACUUGCUUCCUCUUCCACUAGAGCGCAUUCAGCAGUACAACAAUUUCUUGAGGGACUUGACAGAGAACACUAGUCCAGACAGCGCAGAGUUCCAGCAGCUUUCAAGGGCGGUGAGCGCCGUCUCCGAGGUGGCCCAGCGCAUCCAGGACAAUGCCCGCAGCCAUGAGAACCACCUGCAGCUGCAGAGGGUCCAAAAACUGCUCAAGGGCCGAAAGACCAGGCUGCUGGCUCCAGAUCGCUGGUAUAUCCGUGAAGGUUGGCUGAAAAUGGUACCUCGUAAAGGCAAGGAGACCAAACCCAAGAUGUUUUUUCUCUUCUCGGACAUCUUGAUUCAAGCCACACGGUGUAGUCCAAUGCACCCGACAAAUGGAGACAAGCUGGUCUGUCAGAGAGUCUUCCCGCUUAAGGAGUGCACCGUGGACAAAGUGUUCGGCCACACCAAAAGCCAGGGAGGCCUCAUCAGUUUGACCUUCUCCAGUGCAAAACUGCUCCUCAUGUCCAGCGAUCAGGAAGACAUAAACGAUUGGUACCGCAGUCUUUGCUUGGCCAUCGGAAGGCUGAAAACGAAGAGCACAGUAGUGCACAGGAGAGAAGAGCUUCUCCGACCACCGCUCCGUGCAGCCACACAUAGCCAGCAGAGUGCACCAGCCCCGUCCCAAAUACACAGCAGGAAGAGGGUUAUGGCGAGUGAACAGGGGACUGAAAGCAGCACGAGCAACUACAGACCUCCAGCUGGAGAGAGUGCAGGCAGCGCAUCCAAGAAGAUAAAACUCUCCGAGGCUCCUUCUGGAAGAUCCGAGGAAUCGUCUGGCUCGAGCUGCGUCAUUCUGUAAGGCGAUGCCGAGUGUUCUUGAUGCCGUCUGAGAGAACUGGUUGUACCGCUUGGAGACUAUAAGAUCGGAGUGAUCCGCAUACUGUGUUAGCUUGGUUUUUAAUUGAAGGAACAUACAGUUCAUACAGUUCUGCAUUUUAAGAGUGAUUUUCUCUAAAAUGUUUUUAUUUUUGUCCUUGUAACUGCUAAAUGCCAAAGAACUAACAUGGACAGUGUUCCUGAGUUACAAAGCUGUUUUAUUUCUAUGUUGUGUGGUCUGUCGACUGAAUAGGCUAGAUGUGCACAUCUUUCAAUUCUGAGCAAAUUGAGCAGUUUUGCUUUUAGAAUAUAUGUAUUAUAUAUAUUUUACUCUGUAUGAUAUAGCUACUAAUAAUCCAUAUAGCUACUCCUGCAGUUAUUUCUAACACUGUAACAUCAUGAGUUCUAAUUCUUUGGGAAAUUUAGUGAAGUGCAAUAUAAAGGGUAUACAUGAAGGGAUUUUACUACUGAUUGUGUGUGUACCAUGGUGGUGAUAUAGUGUGUUAUGUAAUCAUCAGUAAUCCACAAGCAACCAAAGUGUGUGUGUUAUGUGAUAUUGUUUAUAAUGUGUCUCUUUAUCAUAUUCCCUUAUUACUAUUUGUAUUAAUGUUACUGAAAGCUGUUACACUGGACAAUAGUGCAAAAAGCUUUUCUGCUUUAAUCAGUCAAAUCCCUGAGACUGUUUAUGCAAUUACAAUUUAUACUUUUGUCAUUUAGAUUCUGUUUUAUUUUAUAAAGUAGGUUUGAUUAGAUAAUCAGACCCCUGUCCAACACUGAACAGAUUAGUCACUGGUAAAAUUCUAUGCAUAUACGUAUACUUUUAAUAGUUACCUUUAUGCUUUCAUUAAAUUGUGUAUAUUAUAGCUUUAUUAGAACUACAAAUCUGAGCAUGUUGGCAAUUUGAAUUUGAAUAGCUGCCUUGUGAUUCAUUGCAUAUCCAAUAGCGCCCUCUUGUGCUCAAUAUAAUCAUCCAAACU